UAUGGCGUUUUGAUAAAUAUCAUCACCUUCCCUCUGGUUCAGAGGGUUCAGAAGUCCUUAAAAUCAGGUAAACUCAGCCACCAAAGUAAGGCCAGAGACCUAAAGUCAGGGACACGAGGACUCUCACAAAACAGCAGGAACUUGCUGCAGCUUUCUAAAUAACCAGAUUGUGACAGAAAUCAUUAUAAAUAUCUGACAUAAAACUGCACACUUUGGUUGUUCAGGUCUUUUGUGCAGCGUUUAAAAUGUUCACUUAAAUAUUUUCUCCUGAUCUGACUGUCACACAAACAACUCGACUUGGGGCAACAUUCAAAGGAAAACCAGAUGUGUUUGUACAAAUGUGGACUAACCUCCGCCUGCUGUUCCCCUGUUCAGCCAGAGGAGGCGCCGUCAGCGAGGAGCAGAAACCCAGCAGGAGGAGCAAAGACAAGAAACACAAGAGCAAGAAGCAGCACAAACACAAGAAGGACAAGAAGAAGAAGAAACAGAAGAAGCACAAACACAAGGUGAAGCAGCAGAAGAAGAGUAAGAAGGAGGCGUCGGACAGCAGCUCAGAGGACGACGACGACGACGACGGACACGUGUCCACGGAAGAGCUGCUGAAAAGACUGAAGAGCGUUCGUUCCCAUCAGACCUGGUGAUGAGCAGCAGCUUUGUCCUCCAUGAGGACGUCCAUCAGCAGACUGCACAUCGAUUUAAAAAGCUGCUGUCAUUUUAAAUGAUGGAAUAAAACAUUGAUUACUAACCGUC